AACUCGAAAAAAGUUGCAACAAUUUGAAAAAAAAAAACAAAAAAAAAACAGCAACAAAACUUUCGAAACACGAGCCGAUAGAAAAGUAGCUCAGCGACAGCUGCUUUGUAAAUCUUGUUGUUGUUGUUGUUGUAAUUGUGAGAUAGAUAUUUUGCGCAAAUUGUGAAAAUCUGACAAAUAGCUUCAGCUGCCGCCCUCCCGUCCAGUCCGGCCCCGCCUCCAGUGAAAAUCGACGAGCAGAUACGAGAGACAAGCAAAAAGAAAAAGCUAAAGCGAAAGCGAACAAGUGCAAUUUCUAUUUUCGCGAAAACCAGCAAAAGAAAACAACAAAGAUAUACACACAUAUAUACAUAUAUCUUUUGGAAAUAUCUACAUAUACAUAUACAUAUGUAUAUGUAUAUAUAGUAAAAAUUUCGAGCGACAACGACUGAAAUUGCAUUCGCAAUUCCGCGCAGGAAGUUCCAUAAACAAAACGCAAAUAAAAGAAAUUCAUAAACAAAUUACAAAUAAGCACGUAUAUCUGCAUAUAUAUAUAUAGAUAUAUCGAAACGGAUAUUGUCGGCGCCUUACAACUGCAAGCAGCCCUAGCAAAUUUUGGAUUAACUUUUAACUAGCUCACUGCUUCACGAUGCAAUUGGAGGCCAGUUACCCGAAAUAUGCCGGACGCGUGCCGCCAUUGGAUCUGUCCCAGGUCAACGCCGGCCAAGAUCAGCUGCAGCAGCUGUGGGCGAACAGCAAGCGUCAUCAUCCCUACCUACAAAUGUUGGACAAGACUUUGCUCAGGUCCGAUGACAUCAACAACAAUAACAACAGCAGCAACAACAACAACAGCAACAACAGCAGCAACAACAACAACAACAGCAGCAUUCAACAUCAUAAGAACAGUCUGCCAUAUCCCAUGGGCUCCGAUGGUUUGCCAUUGGAUCCGCGUGAUUGGACACGUGCCGAUGUGUGGAAAUGGCUGAUCAAUAUGACCGUAUCGGAGGGACUCGAAGUAACGCCCGAGCUGCCGCAGAAGUUCCCAAUGAACGGCAAAGCCCUCUGCCUGAUGAGCAUGGAUAUGUAUCUGUGUCGUGUGCCCGUCGGCGGCAAGAUGCUCUAUCGUGAUUUCCGUGUGCGUCUCGCACGCGCCAUGGCGUUGCUCUCCUAAAAAAAAAACC